CCCUAUAAAGCCCCACGCGGUGAAGCGCAUCACAUUCGGCUCUCACCCCGCGACGUGGACAUGCUGCCCGCGACCUUAGUGUUCCCCGUCCUGGUCGUCUCCUUGCUGGCGGCCGGCAGACCGUCGGAGGCAUGGUACAAGCAGGGGGCCGGUCCGAGCUACUACUCCGUGGGCAGGGCGUCCGGCUUGCUGUCCGGCAUGCGGAGGUCCCCGUACGUCAGGAGAGCCGAGGCGGACCCGGCGGACGGCGACGAGUCGGGGAACCAGAACGCGUUUCCUCAACUCACGGCGCAAAACGUCAUCUUGAAGACGAUGCCUGUUUGCAUCAAAGACAUUUCCCCAAAUCUGCAGAGCUGUGAAGUCCUCCAGGAAAACAAGGGUUCAUUUAAGUGCACAGCGGACGUCUUCCUUACUCUGGACUCUACAGACUGUGGAGAUUAAGCAGUAGAACCGACAGCUGGACGAUGAAAGGGCACAAAGUGCAACGACAACUCCCUGUGUGUGUCCAAGUUUAACACCAAUCCUGCACUGGAUGGAAAACAUUUCCUAAUCGAUA